GGAAGUGCCCCUGCGCGGGAGGCGCUGGUGCGGCCGGGAGGUGCGGGCCAGACGAGACCCGGAGACAGAGGGCAAGGCAGCUCGCGCGGCGCCCUGCCGCACCGCCCGGCCACGCCAGCAUGUCGUACAUGCUCCCCCACCUGCACAACGGCUGGCAGGUGGACCAGGCCAUCCUCUCGGAGGAGGACCGCGUCGUGGUCAUUCGUUUCGGGCACGACUGGGACCCCACCUGCAUGAAGAUGGACGAGGUUCUGUACAGCAUAGCGGAGAAGGUAAAAAAUUUUGCAGUUAUUUAUCUUGUGGAUAUUACAGAAGUACCUGACUUCAACAAAAUGUAUGAAUUAUACGAUCCAUGUACUGUCAUGUUUUUCUUCAGGAACAAGCACAUCAUGAUUGACUUGGGCACAGGCAACAACAACAAGAUCAACUGGGCCAUGGAAGACAAGCAGGAGAUGGUUGACAUAAUUGAGACUGUAUACCGUGGUGCCCGUAAGGGCCGGGGCCUGGUGGUGUCCCCCAAGGACUACUCCACCAAGUACAGAUACUGAGGCUGGUGCCAUGGGGCCCUUCCCUGGACUUGCUCUGGUCUGUUGAGAACUGGAGGGCUAAGGGUCACACACCUUCACGAGCUGAAGCAAAUAAACACCUGAAGGAGCACCCACCACUGUUCUUAAGAA